AUGGCUGCUUCAAACGGAACAUCAUUUCUUUUGUCACUUCUUAUUGCGCUGUUGUUAUUUGCAUCAAUGCAAUUGUUUCGUACACAUAUUUCAGCAAGUCAACCGAUGACAAUUGCAGGUGGUUUUAUGGGUUCAUUGGUUUUUGUUUCACUCCUGACGGCUGUGAGCAAUUUCGAAAUGAAUCUGUUUGGACCCAAUUUCCAAGCACGAGUCUUUCCAGAAGUUUUGACUUGUUUAUUUAUUUCAAUGAUAUGUUGUGCUUUUGUUCAUCGAGUUUGUGUAACAACUUGCAUCAUCUUUUCAUUGAUCGCUCUCUAUUACAUCAAUCGCAUUUCAACAACAAGUUAUGGAAAUACAAUGGGAUCGACAACUGGUUAUGCUAUACAAAAAAAACAAAAAUAG